UUUAGUGAGACGGCGAUAGCGACACCAGGCACCUUCCGGUGUGUCCUGAUGACUGGCCAGGAUUUAAUUCCUUUAUGUGCUCCUUUAGUUGCCUUAGGAAAAGUUCCAUUCUCAUCCCGCUCGAAAAAUGGGCUCAGCUAUAAGUAGAGUGGUGGCCUAAAUAUCUGAUUCUAAUUUCAGCGAACUGGGUCCAUUGUGACGCAUAGUUGCCUCACAUAAAUCUCUGCGGAUGUCCCAUUAAUGUUCGAGUUGCAUUUGCAAGUGCAAUUCUUGGCGCACAUAAUAUGGGGCAUUCAGUUUCAGCUGUUCGGUUCGUAGAACAGAAGCAAAUGGGUGGCAACAGUUGGCGGCCAAUUGAAACUAAUGAAUAAAUUACUCGUGCAGUGUGUAAGACACUAAAAUUGAUGAGCGAAGUUUAGCAUGGGUGUGAACCCAUAGAUACAUGUAGUCAUAUAUCUAUCUACGUUCGGUUUAUAUAGCUCGCUGGGCCGGAAUUAUUUCAAAUUGUGCAAUACUGUGACAGCAAUAAAUGCAUGCUUGAUGGGCUGGAAUGAAGCCACCAAAUCAAAACAAAAUAAUUAAGAUAAGUUGAGCAAUGGAUAUCUUGUAGUAUCUGUAUCCAACAGAUACACUUGUAUCUUGGGCUGCUUUUCAAUGAAUCUCUAUGGGGAUCAGCAUCAGUUGCUUAUGCAAGGUAGUUUUUGAAAUGUUCUGCUCACUUUCAAGCCAACUAUUUGCUUACCAGAGGUAACACCUUUCAGUUGGAAGGUUGCUCCAAUGUCAAAAGCAAAGACACCUCCUUUGCUGCAGCCUGGCUGCUUAGCAUUCCGGUCAGCAGUCGGAUAGGAGCUAUAGAAUGGACGACUCCCAUGCCAAUUUGUUGCUGUGUGCAAGAAUUUCCAGCAUGUCCACAACAAAGGCAACAAACAAUAAAGACAAGUGCAGCAACAAUGGAACGGUAAACGCGCCCAAGAAAACUGAGCAGCUCAUUUAUGGAAAUUAUUAAGUGCAAGCUCGGACCAAAGCGGUUACUUCUCCCCAGUCAAACGGCAUUAUUAUGCGUACAUAUUUUUAUGGGCAAGUGGACGGGAAUGGGCACACAAGCUGCCAGCUCAAGUCUUAAUAACCGAGAGCUAAUUAAAUUUGGGACCCUCUUGAUAAAACUAUUAAAACUGGCGAGUUGGGAAAUCUUGGAAAAGUUGCUGCCUUAAACGUGGAAACCAUGAGAAAACCAGUUACCAAACCGCAAACCACUCCCACAGGACGAAGGACCCUAUAUAACCGCCUUUCCCAAGCAAAACUAGCCACAUAACACCUUCAGAAUGGAGCCAGUGCAGUACAGCUACGAGGAUUUCGCCCGAUUACCCACGACGGUGUUUUGGAUCAUGGGCUACGACAUGCUGGACGUACCAAAGAGCCGCUCCCGCAGGAUACUCAACCGGAUAUAUCGCUUCCUGUGCCUCGCCAGCCAUGCGGUCUGUGUGGGCGUUAUGAUAUUUCGCAUGGUGGAGGCGAAGACCAUUGACAAUGUGUCGCUAAUCAUGCGCUACGCCACUCUGGUCACCUAUAUCAUCAACUCGGACACCAAGUUCGCCACCGUCUUGCAAGGCAAUGCCAUCCAAAGCCUGAACUUAAAACUGGCCGAACUGUAUCCGAAAAGCACGCUGGACAGGAUCUAUCACCGGGUGAAUGAUCACUACUGGACCAAGUCAUUUGUAUAUUUGGUUAUUAUUUACAUUGGUUCAUCGAUUAUGGUUGUCAUUGGACCGAUUAUUACGUCGAUUAUAGCCUACUUCACACAAAACGUUUUCACCUACAUGCACUGCUAUCCAUACUUCUUGUACGAUCCUGAGCAGGAUCCGGUUUGGAUCUACGUUGGCAUUUAUUCUCUGGAAUGGCUGCACAGCACACAGAUGGUCAUUUCGAACAUUGGCGCGGAUAUCUGGCUGCUGUACUUUCAGGUGCAGAUUAAUCUGCACUUUAGAGGCAUUAUACGUUUGCUGGAGGAUCACAAGCCCAGUGUGAUGCACGACCAGGAAGACAGGCAAUUCCUUGCGAGAAUUGUGGACAAGCAAGUUCGCCUGGUCAGUUUGCAAAACGAGCUGAACGACAUCUUUGGCGGAUCGCUACUUUUGAGCCUGCUGACCACCGCAGCGGUUAUCUGCACGGUGGCGGUGUACACUCUGAUUCAGGGUGCCACUUUGGAGGGCUUCACCUAUGUGAUCUUCAUCGGGACUUCGGUGACGCAGGUCUACCUAGUGUGCUAUUACGGUCAGCAAGUUCUCGAUUUGAGCGGCGAGGUGGCCCACGCCGUGUACAAUCAUGAUUUCCACGAUGCCUCUAUUGCCUACAAGAGGUACCUGCUCAUCAUCAUUAUCAGGGCACAGCAGCCGGUGGAACUGAAUGCCAUGGGUUACCUGUCCAUUUCACUGGACACCUUUAAACAGCUGAUGAGCGUUUCCUACCGCGUUAUCACCAUGCUUAUGCAGAUGAUUCAGUAGAGAGCAAUAAAAGCACGGAGUUUGCAACUUUGGACGCUUUAAUCGCACUACGCUAGUAACUAUGCUUCUAUACAACUAGAUCACUUGGGAUCCGAGGGCAGCUUGAAGCCCACCAAAUCGGCGGUAUCCCUUACGGAUCUCUCGCCCCUCCCGUGGAAUUCCUUGUACAGCUCCACGUACUUGCGCUGGCUGGUCAGGUAGGUCAGGUAGGUUUGGCCCAGGAAAGUCGCCUCGUUGCGAGCCUUGCAGACUUGCUGCUCCGUGGUGGCGAACUUCUUGUAUUGCGCCAGAAUGUAACGCGCGGCCAGCGAGUCCUUGAUGCAUCCAUUAGGUGAUGCUUGGCGCAAUUCGUGCAGCAGGGAGCGCAGCACCUUGGUUCCCGCCAUUCUAAACACAAUAUUACAAUAGCAUUUUAGAGAAAUUAGAGAAGCAAUCAGCGACUUACGUGAUAUUCAGGAAAAUUCGUUGUUUCUGCCGAACAGCUGCUUGCUACAGAGUUGCCACCUAGCCAAAAAUUAAAAUACAGUGAUCACUACAAUCAUUGAACAAAUAACGCUGGACCUUGUUUUUUAUAAUAAUCAAUAGUUAGGGAAAUUACAACCAUCAAUAAAUUUAGAAAAGCUACCUAUAGUUUGACCACAAAUAUAAUGAAAUCCACUCGUCAUAUAAACGGAAUAUUUACAUUUUUUUUAUUUUAAAUAUAUAAGAUUUUCUUUUUUGAAAUUGGCUGAUAGUGCUAUACAAAUCUAGAAGUGCAAAUGCCUGAUUGGAAAACAAGGACAACCAAUAAGGGAAGGGUAAAAUCCGAUAAGAUUGUUGAACUAAAAAUACAAACAAUGAAUCCAGUUGGAAAAAACAAUUUAUUUUAAAAGUUAUUUAGCAGUACACCGAACUCGUAGCUAGUUGGCUGUUUACUUCCUGGGCUUGCCGGCGGCUGGCUUCUGGCCGGGCUUCUUGCCAGCGGCUCCCUUGGCGCCAGGACCACCCUUGGUGACCUUGCCGGCACCGGCCUUGGUACCCUUGGCACCAGCGGCAGGCUUCUUCUUGGGCUCGGGCUUGGCCUUGGGGGCCUUCACCGGCUUGACGAGCGCCUCGCGCUGGCUCUUCAGGGCCUUGACGAUCUUCUGCUCCUCGAUGAGGAAGGCGCGCACGAUGCGCUCGCGCAGGCAGCUGUGGCAGAGCACUCCACCGUAGGUCCUGGACACGGUCUUCAAGCGCUUGGACAUGCGGGGACGCUCGCUGGGGCGGGAUGGGGUGAUACCCUUCAACUUCUCCUUGCACUGGCCGCAACGGGGCACGGUGGGGUUCUUCUUCACAUACUGGUAAACCAGACGUC